AUGACUGUAGUUACUAAUUUAGUAGCCGAAUAUAUUCCGACAACCAACUUCAAGUUCGUUUCUUUCGACACAAUAAAGAAGAAUGUGGAUGAAUAUUUACUAUUUGGAAGCACGAGUUUGUCAAAUGUUCGACAUGGAUCACAACUACUGAUCAAACCGAAUUUGAAAGAAGUUUUAGACUACAGGCUUGCAUUGAGCGAAGAAGUCUAUGUCCCAUCAGUUAGUCAAUUAUCGUCCCAACUUUCUUUGCCUCGAUCAUACGAUCCACUUCAGGCAGAUAGAAUGACCAUUGAUGAAUGCGCUGAGAGUACAAAGGUAUGUGUUGGAUCCGUACUGGCGAAAAUUCUGGAAAUCGAGUCGGCAGCUAAUUGGUGGUAUGCUUCAUGUAAAAAUUGUGUGAGGAAGGUCGAACCUGUCUCAAAGAAAUAUUGGUGCGAAGAGUGUGACGGGUUUGUUCCUGUUGUACCAAGGUUCAGAGUUCAAGUGAGUGCCAUUGAUAGUACUGGAUCGACUUCAUUCGUAAUGUUUGAUCGUAUUGUCAUGCAAUUAAUUGGAAAAAGUGCUUCAGAACACCUAGGUGGUGCAUCAAACAAGAAAUCAGUUCCCGAAAUAUUAAGUAUUGGGGAUGGCACCAUAGGUGAUCCCAAUGACGGGGUGGUCAGCAUUGAAAUCCCUGAUGACUUACUCAUAAAAGAGUCAGCUGAUCCACUUGCUUCAAUUGUAAAUGAGACAUACCCAUCAUUUUUAGAGAAUAUGGAUGAUAUCAGUUAUUUGCAACACAGGGCCAUACUGGCUCCGACAAAUGAGAUUGUUGACGUGGUAAACGAUUACAUGCUAUCGUUGGUUCCUAAGGAAAUGAAGACAUAUCUCAGUUUUUAUAGUACAUGUUCAGCAAACGGAAGCAUUGACAGACCUGAUGAUAUUCAUACGCCCGAGUUUUUGAAUACCAUUAAUUCUUCUGGUCUUCCAAAUCACGAAUUAAAACUAAAAGAAGGUGUUCCGGUCAUGUUGUUGAGAAAUAUAGACCAAUCUUCAGGUGACAUAUGCUCAAGAGUUGAAAACAACUACUCUGUUGGUGGCCGGAUUAAUUCUUUGGUGGAUAUAGUUUUAUACUUUUAUUCACUACACCAUAAAACUCCAUCCAUAGCGUUUGAAAAACGCUAUGGUAGUCUAUCAUAG